AUGGCCUCUAGAAGCAGUAGUUCGUUGCAGCGCCUUCGGGCUCGAGGAGGUACCAGCGGAAGAGGACUCGCUGCGUUGCUAGAGAACGUCGCCGACGACGGGCAGGGGGAAUCCUUCAACGUCGAGAGUGCUGUCGCCGAAGCACAGAGGCUCGCUGCGGGAUCAGUGGGCCACAGGACUCAUUCGAUCAAAACUCAGCAAGACGAGAACAGGAUUCUGGACUCCUAUCAGAGAUUCGUCAAGCUCGUCAAGAAGCUCGGAGACUGCACAGACGAAGAGCUCGAAGCAGCCAGCUUUCCGGACCCCGUGAAUGGCAGCUGGGAAGAGGUCACACAGUUGAUGCGAGAGUAUAUCAUGUUUGCCGCCAAGUUCACCCCCUCUCGAAAUUCCUCUCACAACUAUAUCGCCUAUAGCACCCUUCGCGCCAAAGUUGACAAGCUCAUCUUCUGGAUCAAAUACAAGUUUCAAUCCCGACCUGUCAUUGGAGCCAAAAUUCCGACGUGGCAAAUUAAACAGAGACUGAACGAGGCGUGCGCCUACAUCGGUCAAGAGUUGGGGCUGUUGUCUGACCGAGGCAUCAAGAAGUCCAUCUUGACGUACGCCGAGGUGAUUUAUCUCAUAGACCAAGACGCAACAAGAACAAGCUGCUACGAGCUGGCAGAGGCUCAUCAUUGGGCAUGGCUGGUUGCGAGAUGCUGCGCGCUGCGCCCCGGAUCUCUUGGGGCCCCCAGAGAACACCGAGGCGCCACGAUCCUCAAGGACAACGGGCCAGAAUUCAUCGUAUGGGACGACGUCCAUUUCAUCAGAGGAGAGCAGCUCGGAGAGUUCACCUUGAAAUUAAGGAUCCGCAACAUCAAGGACUCUAGUCUGCAGUCCAAACUCGACAAGGGCGUCGCCCAGAAUGCAAAGGGCCUCACCUCUUCCUUCACGGACUUCGAGUUCCGAUCUCCGCGCCAACAGGCAAAUCUUCCGUUCUCUCCGGCGUUACGCCUUUUGGUCAUUGCCCUUCGGCGACAGGCCUUGGAGGGAGUUUCGACGAUUGAAGAACUCCUUACUGGCGACUCCAAUCGUAUCCGGGUUAAAGAGGAGUUUCUUCAUAAGCCCAUCAUUCUCGCUGGGGCCCCGCGAGGACUAGGGAUCACAGAGAAGCCAGCAACCUCGGGGGCCUUGACCGACUACAUCAAGACCAGGGCAAAGGAAAUUGGCAUGACCGAAGCCAUUACCUUUUACUCUCUCAGAAGGUCCGCCGCCGACACAAUCGCGCAAACGUACGGCUUGGACGUGGCCAGACAAAUCAUGGGCCACGACGCGGAGAGCGCAACGCUCGAGCGCUCGUAUCUUGACCUCCGGCGCCGUGUCGACCUGACGGCAGUUGGGCUAAACGAAAAUCACCAGCAGAGAGAGGAAGAGAUGGAACGUGACCUAAAUGGCAAUGUCCUUUUCCGACUAUCCGAGUCCGUAAUGAAGACAAUCAUCGGGCCGGCGUCCGAUGCGUUAUACCACAAGCUUGCUGCCGAGGACGACCUUCUGCUGAAGUUGGAUGAUCCGGCCGCCAUCAAGUCCCGGAAGCGAUGUCUCCGCCGAGUCGCCAACGAAACGGCGCGUUCUCAGGUCAUUGAGGAGCAAUCGUAUCAGAUCACGAACCAAGAUGUAGAUGCCAGAAAGCGUGAGAUUGUCAACCGAAUGGACCGAUUUACUAUGGGCUUGGUAGACAGAGCCAGAGCAUCCAUGCGCACACAAGGGCAUUGCCCUCCUGGGCAGUCUACGUCUGAAGACGGCAACGAAGAUCCUGAUGAUGACUUGUUUGUACGCCAAGACGCAAUCGCGGAGCCGGACGCCGACGACCAGCCCCGCCCAGCCGCCAUGACCGUUGCCGAGGAGCCUAACUACGGAGAAGCGGCCGCCGAGGUCCCGUUCCUGGAUGCAGUCCGUCAUGUCCUGGAGAUGCUGCUCGACCAUCGGCCCCAUGACGUUCCCGUAUACAAGUGUCACUUGUGCGCAAAUGACAUCACGGCAAGUCAGAAAAUGAAGGAUCGGAUCUGGCCCUCCCUGGCCCAUCUCACCAGGCACCAAGCCACUAAGUACCACGUAGGGUACGAGUCCUGGCUCCGACGAGCCAACCACGUCAUGAAGGCGGAGAGGGCACCUGGUUUCGCUUGCGAGUUAUACGUUAGCUGUGCGCCGGCCGGGUCCCCUGUCCAGGUUUUCGAGACAAUCAAGGAGCUGGAAGAUCAUGUUAAUGAGUCAAGCUCCACUGGCCUGACUGGUGUAGACUAUUCCUGGGCGGAGGAGCCGGAGGCCAUCGAGCGGCACGAUGUCCUCAAGGAGGAGCUGGGCUGGAAUGGCCCCGGUUUCCGAGUUUCUGAUGUAGUGGAGAAGCGCAACAAAAACGACCGGGCCCGAAAGCGCAAGUCUCGUGGCUGGAACUUGUCGGGCAUCCAAGAGCUCGAGGAAGCACGCUACAAUCCCGACCUCCCUGGCGUCGUAAUGGGCGGCCCCAAGACGCCCUUGCCGGCCAUCGGCCGCCAAGGGGGCAAUGUCCUUCUCGUGCCCUGCACCAAAAUCCCCAAGGCUCACGAAGGGGUUGGAACCAGGCUCUAUAACAUCCAGUCUUUGACGAAUCUCUCGGCGAGGCCAUACAAACCUUUGGGCACGCGCAGCACAACUCUCUCUUCGGUACCAGGUACGAUCUGA